AUGGAUUUUCAAAGGCAUGAGCAUAGGAGGAAUGAUCAUGAUACAAGCAAACAAGAAGAUGGUUUAAGUAUAAGUUGUACUUGCAAACGGUUUGAACAAUUUGGUAUAUUGUGCCGCCAUAUAUUUUAUGUUCUACGGUAUGAUGAUAUAACUGAGUUUCUUAGAAGAUAUGUUCUUAGAAGAUGGAUGAGAGAUGUUGUUUCAAAUGGAUCAAAUCAUUGCAAUAUUCGGUUUGAGGAAAUUGGUAGGAAUAGUGAAAUUGAUAAAGUUUUUAGAGAAAUCGUUGUUGCAAAUGAGUAUGUGGUUAAUAGGUUGGUUGGGUAUUUAGAUGAGCUGUGUCGUUACAGAGAUCAUAUUAAAAGUUAUAUUGAUAAAGCGGAUGAGGUUAUGGUUGUUGCGCCCCCUCCUAGUCGCAAAGAAAGAUUUGCUGAUAUUGGAGGGAACUUAGAAAAGUCAGAUUCUAUGAUUCGUGUCCCGAUCAAAAAAAGGACCAAAGGAUGCGGUGUACAAAAAAGGAUCAAGUCUAAUCGUGAGAUUGCAAUUCAGAAAUCAUCAAAGAUCCAGAAAUCGUGCCGUGUAUGUGGUGGAAAAGGACAUAACAGUCGCACAUGUAAAGAUAAGGUUUCUUCUAAUGCUAUAGGCUCUAGCAAUACAAUGUAA